AUGGUCUACAACAAAUUUGUGUCAGCUCCGUCUUGUGUCCAGACUGCCCUGUUUAUGGCAGCCAUUCCCGUGCUAGCCCGACGCGCAAGUGCGCGAUGGUUGAUGGCAGCUAUAAUCGCGCUGAACCUAACUUCGACAAUUGGGGUCGUGGCUCUAUUCGCCAACCACCUUAUCCUCACGCCUACCAUGGGACCUCAUCCUCCCGAUGUCAAGCAGAAGUCAUACAUCAUAUAUCUGAUAUUUACCACCGGUGACCGCCUAAACUACAUCUGGAGCACCGAGCCGUCGAACCUCACCCUCACAUUUUCCAUUCCGGUUCUUGUAACGAACCUGAUCUCGACGUCUCUCGUGGGUGUACAAGUAUGGCGUCACCGCAGAGACAUCAAGGCUUCGUUGGGGCCGUUUUCUACAAAGAGUAGAGUAGGCGGCGCUCUUAUGUUCCUACUCGAAUCAGGACUGGCUUACAUCACCCUCUGUACGACCAUACUCAUCUUCGACAUGCUCACUCAAAACGCCAUGACGCGGAUCGACUCAGUCGUUGUCUUCCGCACCGCUAUACCCCUUCUUGCGAGCCUGUAUCCUCUGAUAGUCGUCCUCAUCAUCUCGGUACAGCAGCAGGCUAUCGGAAACGGGCUGGAGAAUGCGGGUCCGAGCUAUUGGGAGUCUAUACAGCUCAGAGUCCGAUCCAGAAGGGACGUGGAAGAGGAGAUAUCAACAGAGUUGCCGCCUUUGUGACCAGUUGCUACUCUACCACGGCGCUGAGGCACUCGAAGACGACUGUAUAUACGACGAAGGCUCACUUUCACCAGUCACGAGACCGACCGAGCGAGGAUCGAAGGUCGAUCCCUCUUCUGCAGAAGCAGUAGAUCUUCCGUCCUUAUCCGCCGUCGUCGCAAAAUGUAUAGGCUGUGACUCGACGGCAGUGAUUACUGGAUGAGCGUCGGAACGCUGUGCGGCGACGCCAAGAACAACCGCGGUGGGGUAAAUUCCCUA